CAUUGGACCCUGCUGAGCGUGUCCCUGUUGAACUGCCUCCUGUCCACGGCGUGCAGCGUGGGCCUGGCGCUGGCCAUCGCCCUCACCAUCCACAGCCGGGGCAUGCACCUUGAUUCGCUGCCGGCUGACGCCCGUGCAGCCAUAGCGACCAAUGACUGUCCUUUCAACACCACCCGCAUCUACGACACAGCCCUGGCCCUCUGGUUCCCCUCCAUGGUGCUGGCGGCUGCAGAAGCGGUGCUGUCUGGCAGGUGCUGUUUGGUGGCCUUCAUCUUCCGGGGCAUUGGGCCCUGUGCACGCAGCUACACCAAAGCCCCCGCCCCAAUCCGGACGGGUGGUGCUGCAGGAGUGCUGUGA